AUGAGGCUCGUUUCUCUGUUACGUCUACUAUGGCGUAGGAUCCGGAGGGCUAGGAAGGUUUACAAUCUGGUAGAGAACAGUGGAGUGCAACCCGUCCGAGAUCGAGACCUCAUACAUCCUACAGCCUCAACGUAUUUGUCAUUCAAUCGCCCUAAUCCACCAUCGUUUCUAGAGGGAUGUUUCCGACGAAGGAAUUCCACAAUGGACAGGUGUCACCUAUACACCAGCUCCGUAUCUGCUGCUGAUACCGAGUACUGGGAGAUAGACGAUACUAUUGUAAGUUAUACAUUGUUGGAUUACUUCAUAUUUUACACUGUUACGGGUAUUAACAGUGCCAAGUAA